AGAGAGAGGCUUUAUUCUGUGUAUUGUUGCGUUGCAAGGCAUUCCAGUCAGUUGUAGCCAAUUUCUCCCAUCAUUGUCAAUAUGUAUUAAGCUCAAGUCCAAGUCACUAUCUUGUUCUCUCUCUCUCCAAGAUCCUCUUUCUCUCUCUAAUAUCUUUGAAAUCAUUCGUUCUUUCUGGGUUUGUUUUGUUUGUCAAUAAGGUGGUCAAACAAAUGCUAAAAAUCCAAACUUUCUGAAUCUUGUGGGUGUUUCUUGAAUCUUUGUUUGAUCUGUGUUUCAUCAUCUGAAUUCUCUUUGAUUUUAGUUAAGAAAUCAAGAUGACAGUAGAGGAAAUCAGAGGCUCUGUUGGGUAUAAUAAUAAUAAUAAUAAUAAUUAUAAUAAUAAUAAUAAUGAAAUUGACAGAUUUCCUAUUGGGAUGAGGGUUCUUGCUGUUGAUGAUGAUCCAACUUGUUUAAAGUUAUUAGAUGGGCUUUUAAGAAAAUGCCAGUAUCAAGUUACAACCACAAAUCAAGCAAGAACUGCAUUGAAUAUGUUAAGGGAAAAUAGAAACAGGUUUGACCUUGUGAUCAGUGAUGUUCAUAUGCCAGAUAUGGAUGGCUUCAAGCUUCUUGAACUAGUGGGUCUUGAAAUGGACUUACCAGUUAUCAUGUUAUCAGGAAACAGCGACCCAAAACUCGUAAUGAAGGGAAUCACUCACGGUGCUUGCGAUUACCUUGUGAAACCGGUACGCCUCGAGGAAUUACGCAACAUUUGGCAACACGUGAUCAGAAAAAAAGUCGAGCCGAAACCUCAGUCAAGGUCAAACAAUAACCAAGAAAAGCCGAAUAACGAAGGUGGACAAGAAGCCGGUAGUGGAGAUCCAAACGGCAAAUUCAAUAGAAAAAGAAAAGAUGAAGAUGAAGAUGUUGAAGAUAACGGGAACGAAGAUGACGAUUCAUCCACACAAAAGAAGCCGCGUGUCGUGUGGUCAAUUGAUCUGCACAGAAAAUUUGUAGCUGCUGUUAAUCAACUCGGAAUUGAAAAAGCUGUUCCCAAAAGGAUUCUUGAUCUGAUGAAUGUCGAAGGUCUUACGAGGGAAAACGUUGCAAGCCAUCUUCAGAAAUAUCGGCUUUACUUGAAAAGAAUAAGUCAACAAGCGAACAUGGUGGUUGCGUUUGGUGGUAGUAAAGAUGCAUCGUCUUAUAUGAGAAUGAGUUCACUCGACGGGCUUGGUGAUUUCCGUUCAUUAUCAGGUUCCGGAAGAUUGCCAAACGCUCAAAUAUCAUCGUAUUCACAUUCGGGUAUGCUUGGUAGACUCAAUAGUGCAACCGGUAUGACCCUACAUAGCCUCACAGGUCCAUCAUUGAUUCAACCAACCCACACCCAAAACUUGACCGGUUCAGUUAGUUCAGUUAGUUCACUCAACAAGUUCCAACCCGUUGUAUUACCAACACCACCAAAUCACCAACCCGCAAAUCUUUUUCAAGGGAUUCCAACUUCGUUUGACCUUGGUCAACUUCAACAGAGUAACAAACCGAAUAUCCAACUCCCGGAUUUCAAUCCUGUUGAUGAAUCUCGAAUCUUUAACGGUUCUAGCACUUUUUCGACGUUAGGGAGUCAAUCUUCGUUAAAUCUUGCUUCUAGUAGUUCCACGUUUCUUGAUGUCCCGAAUUUUCACGACCAGUUGCCGCCUAACGGCAGCCUAAAAUACGGUUACCCUGCUAGUAGUAACACGGUUACUGGAUUUGGUUCUAAUAUCACUAGCACCGCCUCUGUACCUCCUGAAGGUCAAGGUCAAAGUCAAAGUCAACGUCAAAGGCAUGGACAGCAUGGUAAACAGAGUUACGGUCAGUACUCAAGUAAUGCGUUUAGCACCUUAGCCGCUGCAGCACCGCCACCGAAUGGCGGUGGUUUGAGUGGACCCAUGAGUCAAUCGAAUGACCAGAUUUGUGGGGUCUACAAUACGUCCAAUGGGAAUGGACCGUAUGGUAAGACUAACAGGUCAAGCACUGAACUGAAAAUGGGAUCCGGUGAAAACUAUUUACCUAGUGGAACCAAUGGUUAUGAUUCGUUAGAUGAUCUUAUGAACGGAAUGAUGAAACGGGAGCAGGAUCCAACGAUCAUGAUGGAUGGAGAAUUCGGAUAUGAUCCGUAUUCGUUCGGAUCAUGUAUAUGAGACGAAUCGCGAUACAGUACUUAGGUCUUGAAUCGUAGAGAACGAUAACACGAGGUUGCAAUAACAACGUAGGUUUUAUCAGUCGAGAAGUUUGUAUCGAUAUGUAAUUUUAUUUCCAGGGAUAAUUAUGUCUAGCUUCUUCAGCGUCGUCCUUUAUCAACUUGUAGCCAUGUUUUCGUAUUGUGGGUACAUGUUUUUCGAUUUUCUUGAA